GACAGUUUUAUCUGUGGGCCUUUCCCCAGGCAUUUCUGCCUCCAAAAUGUCAGAAAAUCACAGCGGUCUCAAGUGCGAGAAGGCUGUGGUUCCUCUACGUCCCCCUGCAGAACUCGGUAAACAGCAAACGAGGCUGCGAAGAGGCUCAGGCUGAUGUCCUGGAGACGUGGACGGGUCGCCAUGGGCAGGCCCAGCCCCACCGCCCAGCCCUGCUGCUUCACCGUCCACUCCGAGGAGGCCGCGCGGGUCUCCCGGUGCCGCUCCAAGUCCGCGUGCUGGGGCCGUGCGGCCGCAGGCACAUACAAGCGGCCUGGGUUCUGGGGCUCCAGAGAAGGUUGCAACCAACCAAGCAGACAAACGGAACUCCGUGAGGGGGACGUCCCGGGGCGGUUUUCUAUUGCAGCGGAGGGCGGGCCGGGUGGCUGUUCGGUUUCGGGAGCUGCUUUCCAUGGAGGAUCCCAGAAAUAAGUAUGGAUGCAGAUGCCCGAUUUAAGAUAAGCCUAAAGGCGCUGGGUAUUCCCUUAGCGCCCAGCUGUCUGGGCAGGGCGAGGCUGCGCUCGCGAUCAAACCCUCGAACUGUCAGGCGACGGUGUGGACACGCAAAACGGCGCCCCAGCCAGUGCCGCGGCUCUGCUGCGCAUGCGCGAGGCCUCCCUGUGCGCGCGGGGCCGGAGGACUGCUCUCCCGUUGCGCAUGCGCGCGCUCGCCCGGCGGGGGCUCCGGGUCUGGGGAUGUGGUACGGGCCGCUGGCGGCGGCCGGCAGUAGAGCGGUGGCCGGGCCACUGGCCUUGCUGUGGCGAUGUGGUGGUCCAGGAGGCAGCAGGACGGCCAAGACCAGCGCGAGGGUCCUGGACGCGGCCCGGCAGGUGAGCGAGGAGGCGCUGUCCGCCGGUUCCGGGCGGCUGGUCUGCGCUGGACGCCGCGUGACGCCAUUCGCCUGCGCCGGCCGCGGGGGAGCGCGGGAGCGCGGCGGCCCUGACCUGGUCCCCACAGUGAGGCCGACAGCCCCUGGCCGGAGCUUCCCGCCGCCCGCUUCCUCCCGGGCGCCCCCUCCGUCUCCAAACUCCUCUUCUCCCCGCUGCCUCUUCCACCCACUUCUUGCGGAAUUCCCGCUCACCUCGGACAUCGGAACCGGGACCUCCAGCCUCCUUGCUCGGCUCUGUAGAGAGCCGGGCGUUGAGCGGUUUGCGCUUGAGUCCCACCUGCUCGCGAACCAAUUUUGUGGCCCCGCGUGCCGGCCCGUUUCCUCCUGGGCUCGGCGGCAUUCGGCUGUAUCCACCUCACUGUUACUCAAUGGACCAGAUACGAUAAGAGGCGUGAAAGGGUUUUGCAAACUGUUCUUCAUUCAGCGACCAGUCACUGUCGUAGCAGCUAAUACUGAGAGCGAAGGACUUUACGCGGAUUGUCUGUCUUACACCCGCCCUGGGGACUUCCCCUGGGAUGACAAGGAUUUCCGCAGUCUGGCCCUUUUGGGGGCAGGUGUUGCCGUGGGAUUUUUCUACCUCUAUUUUCGAGAUCCUGGAAGAGAAAUCACUUGGAAGCACUUUGUACAGUAUUACCUGGCCAGAGGUCUGGUGGACCGGCUGGAAGUCGUGAACAAACAGUUUGUGCGUGUUUUUCCUGCCCCUGGGACCUCUUCUGAGAAGUUCGUGUGGUUUAACAUUGGCAGUGUUGACACCUUUGAGCGGAACCUGGAGUCUGCUCAGUGGGAGCUGGGGAUCGAGCCCCUCAACCAGGCAGCAGUGGUCUACACCAAUGAGAGUGACGGCUCUUUAUUGCGAAGCCUGGUGCCCACCCUUCUCCUGGUUGGCAUUCUCCUCUAUGCUGCCAGGAGGGGCCCUAUGGGAACCAGGCGCAGUAGACGAGGAGGGGGCCUCUUCAGUGUUGGUGAGACAACAGCCAAGAUCUUAAAGAGCAACAUUGAUGUGAGAUUUGCGGAUGUAGCUGGGUGUGAAGAAGCCAAAUUGGAAAUUAUGGAAUUUGUGAAUUUCCUGAAGAAUCCCAAGCAGUAUCAGGACUUAGGAGCAAAAAUUCCAAAGGGAGCAGUGCUCACUGGUCCUCCUGGUACUGGCAAGACCCUUCUUGCCAAAGCAACUGCAGGGGAGGCCAGUGUGCCCUUCAUCGCUGUGAACGGGUCUGAGUUCCUGGAAAUGUUUGUUGGUGUUGGGCCAGCAAGGGUUCGUGACAUGUUUGCAAUGGCCCGAAAAAACGCUCCAUGUAUCUUAUUCAUUGAUGAGAUUGAUGCAAUUGGCAGGAAGCGAGGCCAAGGGCACUUUGGAGGGCAGAGUGAGCAGGAGAACACCCUGAACCAGAUUCUCGUGGAGAUGGACGGGUUCAACUCUGCCACCAACGUCUUGGUGUUGGCUGGCACCAACCGCCCUGACAUCCUGGACCCAGCCCUGAUGCGGCCUGGCCGGUUUGAUCGCCAGAUUUACAUUGGCCCCCCUGACAUCAAAGGUAGGUCCUCCAUCUUUAAGGUCCACCUGCACCCACUAAAGCUGGAUGAGAGCCUCAAUAAGGACACCCUGGCGAGGAAGCUGGCAGCGCUCACCCCAGGCUUCACUGGUGCUGAUAUUUCAAAUGUUUGCAAUGAAGCAGCCCUGAUUGCUGCCCGGCAUCUGAGUCCUUGUGUUCAGGAGAAACACUUUCAGCAGGCCAUCGAGAGGGUCAUCGGAGGUCUUGAGAAGAAGACCCAGGUCCUGCAGCCUAGUGAAAAGACAACUGUGGCCUACCACGAGGCCGGACACGUGGUGGUGGGCUGGUUCCUGGAGCACGUGGACCCCCUGCUGAAGGUGUCCAUCAUCCCCCGGGGCUCGGGGCUCGGCUAUGCACAGUACCUGCCCCGGGAGCAGCACCUCUACACCCGGGAGCAGCUCUUCGACCGCAUGUGCAUGAUGCUCGGGGGCCGGGUGGCCGAGCAGCUGUGCUUCGGGCAGAUCAGUACGGGGGCUCAGGACGACCUGAGGAAGGUCACCCAGAGUGCGUAUGCCCAGAUUGUGCAGUUUGGGAUGAGUGAGAAGCUGGGCCAGGUGUCCUUCGACUUUCCCCGACAAGGCGAGGCCCCAGUGGAGAAGCCGUACAGCGAGGCAACCGCCCAGCUCAUCGACGAGGAGGUCCGGUGCCUCAUCAGCGCCGCCUACAAGCGCACCCUGGACCUGCUGACACAGUGCCGGGAGCAUGUGGAGAAGGUGGGCCAGCGGCUCCUAGAGAAGGAAGUGCUGGAGAAGGCAGACAUGGUGGAGCUGCUGGGCCCUCGGCCCUUCGCAGAGAAGUCUACGUAUGAGGAGUUUGUAGAAGGCAUUGGCAGCCUGGAGGAGGACACGUCCCUACCCGAGGGGCUGAAGGGUUGGAACCAGGGACAGGAGGAGGAGGACAUGGACAGCCUGUGCAGGGGAGCUCUGCGUAGCCUGUGGUGGUGCCUGCACCUGCUGCUGGGUGGAAUUCAGGUGACUGCCACUUACUUGGGGCCUUUGCAAAGCAGCUGUGGAAUCUCACCCAAAACAAAUUAAAACGUGACAACUGUGAACGGGCGUUUUAGAUCAGGGUGCUCUGAGCCACAUGCAGGGAGUGGGAGUGGGCAGAGGGGGUACCCUGAGUCCCUGGGUCCUGCUGCUGGAGAACAGUCGGGUCCAGGGUUAGAUGGGAGAGGCCUCAGGGCUCUGGCCCCUGUGGUGCUGAGGCAGGCAUGAGUGUAGCUUCAAGAGGGACUUGCGUGGGGCACCUUCUGUGGAGGCGUGUUGAUGUGGUCAUAAAGUCACUCAGAGGAGCCUGGGUCCAGUACAGAAACCCUCAGGGUUUGGUAGAAUUCAGAAAAGGAGAGCAUCAGCCAGGUAUCAAGGGUGAGUCAGGUUUCUAAAGCAGCUGUUUGGAUUGGUGGAAGCUGAUCUGUUUUU